CAAUUCUAUAAAUUCUUCAGUCAUUCAAGUGUCAGAACAAGAACGCUCACUAAGAUCUAUCACAAGUCACAACACCUUUCUCCUCUCAUCCAACGGUUCUAUUUUCACUUAUUCUUUCUUCAGUCUGUCUCAGAAUCCAAACAUGACUUCUCUUCUGUCUCUUCUUCUUCUUCUUCUUCUUGUUUUGCUCACUUUGUCUUCAGUAGAGUCCAAGACUUUCUGGGCUGACGUGGCAGCUCUUAAAGAGUUCAAGAACUCUGUGGAUGCGAAAUCGAUAACCCCCGGCUCUUGCCUCAGCUCCUGGGACUUCUCCGUCGAUCCCUGCGACGGUUUAUCCGGCGAGACAUUCACUUGUGGCUUCCGCUGCGACACCGUCGUUUCCGGAUCGGGUCGGGUCACAGACCUCAGCCUCGACCACGCCGGUUAUUCCGGGUCCCUCUCCUCCGUCUCCUUCAACUUUCCUUAUCUCCAGUCCCUCGAUCUCUCCGGCAACUACUUCUUCGGUCCUCUUCCGGACUCCCUCUCCAACCUCACCCGCCUCACCAGCCUAUACCUUUCCGGUAACUCCUUCUCAGGAUCCGUACCCGAUUCUCUCGGGUCCAUGCCAGCUCUCGAGGAGCUCCUCCUCGACAACAGCCGCCUCUCCGGGUCCGUUCCGGCGAGUUUUAACAAUCUUUCCAGCCUUAAACGGCUAGAAAUCCAGCUCAACAACAUCUCCGGCGAGUUCCCCGAUCUGAGCUCGCUGAAGAACUUGAAUUACCUAGACGCGAGCGAUAACCGGAUCUCCGGUCGGGUCCCGUUAUCCUUACCCGGUUCAGUAGUUCAAAUCUCAAUGCGGAACAACCUCAUGGAAGGAACGAUCCCAGAGAGCUUCAGAAACUUAACAUCUCUUGAAGUGGUGGAUCUUAGCCACAACAAACUCAGUGGCUCGGUCCCGUCGUUCAUCUUCACUCAUCAAACUCUGCAACAGCUUACUCUCUCCUUCAAUGGCUUCACCUCUUUAGAUUCACCUUACUACUCACCCUCGGGUCUCCCCAGCGAGUUAAUAUCCGUUGAUCUCAGCAACAACCAGAUCCGAGGCUCGUUACCUCUGUUCAUGGGUCUCUUACCGAAGCUCUCAGCUUUGUCGUUAGAGAACAAUAGCUUCUCCGGUAUGAUUCCGACUCAGUACGUCUGGAAAACCGUAUCUCCCGGAUCUGAUUUCGCCGCGUUUCAGAGGCUUUUACUAUGCGGGAACUUUUUAUUCGGAGUCGUACCGGGUCCUUUGAUGGCGCUCAAGCCUGGUUCUGCGAACGUGCAGCUCGCCGGGAACUGCUUCUCCUGGUGUCCGGCGACUUUUUUCUUUUGCCAGGGUCAAGAACAGAGAUCGCUUACGGAAUGUAGAAAGUAUAGCCGUGUGAUUCCUUGAUUACUUGCUGAUUUCACCAUUCAUCUGUCUUUUUUUGCCAUGUUUUGAAUCUUCCUAUCGUGUCGGAUCUUUUUGAUCAUCUGAAACUUUACUAGGGUCUUGUCUUCCGGCAAUUGCUUAUCCCUAAGCAUUAACAUGUGAUUAAGUUAAUAAAAUGCCGUUGGGAGACGAUGUUUUCUUAUUGUAUUCUCUAAACAACGUAAUGUUAGUUUAUAACC